CAAAAACGUCAGUGGGCCAAAUACUCUGCUUUGGAAACGAGAGAAGAGAAUUCAAUCGCAAGCAGAAACUAUGUUUCUCAACGCAAAGCUAUUGCUCAUUGCAUACCUAUUGGGACAAGCCAUCGCACUUGUUGACCCUCUGCGUUCUUCAGUAUCGGUCAAGAUUCGCAACGGAACUGUUAUUGGGGUCAACGAUGAGAGAAGUCAGGUACAACGCUUUCUAGGUAUUCCCUACGCUCAACCCCCGGUAGGCGACCUUCGUCUACGGCAUGCGAUACCAUUGAACACAUCGUUCGACACUGUGCAUGCGCAGUCUUUCGGACCAGCCUGCUAUGGGCCAGAAAUAGAUUCGAAUCCAAAUUCAAGUGAGGAAUGUUUAACAUUGAACAUAUGGCGCCCGGCCGGGCAGAAUAAAGACAAUUCACUCAAGCCUGUGAUGGUCUGGUUUUAUGGCGGGGGGCUACAGACUGGAUACACGGCAGACCCUAGGUUCGAAGGAACCAAUUUUGUUCGCAUAUCUUCCGAAAUCAACAAGGAGAUUAUGGUCGUCUCAGUGAACUAUCGACUCGGGCCUCUUGGGUUCUUGAAUGGGCAACAAAUGACAGAUCUCGGCUUGCUCAAUCUUGGAAUGUUGGAUCAGCGACUGGCAUUGUGUUGGAUUCAAGAAAACAUUGCUUCAUUUGGAGGGGACCCUAGUAAAGUAACAAUUGCUGGAGAGUCUGCAGGGGCUGUAUCGGUCUACUCCCACAUGAUGGCAUAUGGAGGCCGAGACGACAGACUCUUUCGGGCAGGGAUCCUAGAAAGCGGCGGUGCUUUCCCUUUAACUUCUGCUAAUACAUCGUCUUUUCAAGACACUUUCGAUGGUCUCAUAACAAACACCUCCUGCUCCUCAUUCGCAGAUGCUCCGCCUACAGAACAACUCGACUGUAUUCGAAAGCUUCCAAUCAAGACACUUCUCUCGAGUGUAGGUCCAAACACGGGUCAGUCAAUUGAUGGCAGUUUCACACAGACCUCGAUUCACUUCGCAUUGCAAGCGGAAAAGUACGUCAAAGUUCCCACAAUAGUCGGAACAAACACAGACGAAGGAACCAACUCAGCCCCAACGGGAAUAAAUACCACUGCCCAACUGCGCGGUCCCCUUGCCGGAGGCUUUCACAGACCUACGCUCCUCCCCAACUCAACCGUAUCUAAACUCCUCGCCCUGUACACCAACGACCCACGUCACGGCUGCCCCUACAACACCGGCUCCACGCCCUUGACACCCGGAAAACUAGACAAAAAAGCCUGCUCAAUCUUUGGCGACAUCGUCCAAAUCGCGCCCGCUCGCAUGAUCGCGCAAUGGCUCACCAAAAAUAACCGCAGUGGUGCUAACGCGCCGGUAUACAGGUACAGGUUCAACCACCUCCCACACGACACAGACGCAUCAAAUAUAACAACCGGCAUCGGGACCGGCGUUGAACAGCGCUACGUCUUUUCGAACCUCGUCCCUGACCAUCCGUGGGACCGGGCGUUGGCGUAUGAGCUUAGUAGUGCUUGGGUUUCGUUUGUGCAUGGGCUCGAUCCAAAUUCUGGGGCAGAUAGUACGCUUCCGGAAUGGCCUGUGUAUGGGACAGAUGGUAUGAGCAUGGUGUUUAGCGGAUAUGGGUCGAGUAUUGAGGAAGAUACAUAUCGGGGCGAGGCAGUUGACUACAUUAUAGAGAAUGUAUUGCCGUAUGGGGCACUUUAAGGGGUUUGUGGGUUAAAGCUACGAAGAUGGG